AUGGUGACCAACAACCCCUAUGAGGACACAACUGUGGUGACUGAGGCAGUCGGCUACACUCAAGACAUUGUGGUGGAGGGUCUACCACUGGUGAGGAGUCGGCUACACUCAAGACAUUGUGGUGGAGGGUCUACCACUGGUGAGGAGGUGAGUGUUGUAGCCAGGUUUAGUCCUGUCGUGGCUGGUACAGUGAAGGGUGAGGUGAGAUUAAUGGUGACCAACAACCCCUAUGAGGACACGACUGUGGUGACUGAGGCAGUCGGCUACACUCAAGACAUUGUGGUGGAGGGUCUACCACUGGUGAGGAGAUCCAGUGAAGCAUCUCAGCAAUCUGUCAAGUACGAGUUGACUCUUCCUCCUUGUGGUGUCGGGGACUUUGUCAAAAAAAUGUUCUCACUGAACAACCAGACUCGAGACACUUGGUAUCGGUUCCAGUGGGACGAAGCAGACAUGUUUACCAUUUCUCCUUCUGUGGGACAUAUUCCUCCAGAGUCAAGCAAAGAGAUCCUGGUGACGUUCCAGAGUGAUCAUCCAAAGACUGUCAUUGAUAAUAUGGAGAUUGGAUGUAGCUUGUCUCGCAUUCAGUUGGCCACUGAGUCAGUGGUAGGUUGGGACAAUCAUCAGAAGACAAUCAGGUGGUUGGAAGAUUCUGAUGAACUUGAGUCAAAAGGCAGGAGAGUGGUGUGUUCCCGGGAAGAGCCAGAGUAUUCAGAGUUGCCAGGCUCAGGUCUGUCUCUAGCUUUGACAGUGUCUGCCUGUGCUGACUAUCCUCAGAUAGCCUGCUCUGCCCAAGACAUACACUUCCCACCUACGAUUAUCAAUCAGAUUGGAGAACAGAAGUUGGUGGUACAAAAUCCUGGCAUGGUUCCGGCUCAGUUUACAUGGAUUACACGCAACCAAACACAAGGUGAAGUGGAGGAGUCAGCUAAGGCUUGUUAUGGAGCUGUCACAAUGAGCUCGGAGAGACCCACACUUCAUCCGAGACGUGCGAGGAAAAAUAAAGUGACUACAAGACCUGCCACUUGUCCACGAGUGAGGCCUGGGCCGAUACCUGCCUCAGUGGCCCUGAUAUCCAGAGAUGAUUUGUUUGUUGAAGAAACCUCAUCUCAGUUUGAACCUAGAGCUGGUUGGCCAAUCUCAGUUGAACCAACACAAUGCAAGCUACAGCCGGGAGAACAAUCCUCUUGUGUAGUCAGGUUCAAACCCCUGGAGCUGGCAAAGUACUCGUGUUAUCUGCAUCUCAGGCUGGACAAUGCAGAGUUGGUGGAGGUGAAAGUAGAUGGCUCCAGCAUGCUGCCAUGUUGUCACCUGGUAGUGCCUGACUGUCUCCCCACCAGUGACCCUAACCAGCUGCAGAUCAAGUUUAGAGCUUUGGGCAUCAAGAAGCCGGUCACUAAAUGUAUCAAAGUGGUCAACACCACUUAUGAAGACUACACAUUUUAUUGGAGGGAAACAGAUCAAGUUCAACUGUCAGCGUUUGGAUGUUCAAGGCCUGUCAGUCAAGUUUCUCCAGGAAAACAUGUUGAGGUAAUGUUCAGUUUCACACCAAGCCACACUGGCAGCUACAAGUCCAUCUGGAGGCUGAGUGUUCCUGAAAGACAGAUACAGCAGGAUAUCCUACUGUUGGGAGAAGCUGUUCUACCUUAUGUCACACUAUCUCCUACUUUUAUUCAGCUGCGGCCUACGCUCAUUGGGGUUCGCAGUGAGGGAAAGGUGGUGCUGGUAAACCAUGAAGAAACUGAGCUGAAGUUUGCAGUUGAUGCCAACAGUCUGCACUUUAGUACCUGGGGACAAACUCUACAAAUCCAUCCAAUGAAGGGUGUGCUCCCAAAUCAAUCUCAGGUGGAACUUAGGGUGUGGCUAUGUCCCACACAUCCAGGUGAGGGUCACUUGACAAUGCAGUUGGCAGUAGAGAGACUAGAAGAUUCUCUCACGUUGGACGUGGCAGCACAAUGCUUCUCUGUUCAGCCUCAGCUGGUUUAUGUAGAUUGUAACAGAAUACAGCGGGACAUCUUUGCUCAUGAAGACAACAACAUUGAUUUGGGUGUGACAGAAGUUCGCAUCCCGGUCAACAUGAUAUUUCACUUGAUCAACAUUGGCAAACCUGCUUUUCACUACAGCUGUGACUGCAGUCCUGAGGUGGCUAGUAACAAUCAGCUGUCUAUCAGUGUUGUCAACCAAACUGGUCUGGUCAGCUCACAGUCUAAACAGCUGAUUAAUGUUGUUUUCACCCCACUCGCAAGGACUGUCUUCUCUAGAGUAAAACUGGAAUUUGUGAUUAGUAAAGGUCCAAAAUUCACAAUAUAUCUGAGUGGUACUGCAGCCCAACCUCAAUUCAAGUUUUCAAAAACAAAACAUGACUUUGGUGCUUGUUUUGUUUUGCCACCUGGUACGGAAGCAUACAAAACAGACUUAGUGUUUACAAAUACUGAUGAAAAACCUCUUUUGAUUGAGGCAGAGUUUGACCCAAAGCCCCACUUAAAGAUUGGACUUUGCCAGACUGUUGUGGACCCGAGGUCCGAGGUUCGUAUUCCUGUCACGUUCCUUCCCCAGGACUGCCAACUGUAUGAGGAGACUUUGAGCUUCUUGGUUGAUGGCAGCUACCACCACCAGGUCAACAUCAGUGGCAGGGGAGUGGACCUCAACGUGAUGCUAGUGAAGCCAGAGGAUAAGCUGAUACAGCUAGAGGGUGUACUGGUAGGUAAAGUCAAGCAUAGGACUGUAGAGAUUGUGAACAACAGUGAGGCUAGUGUCACAGCUUCCUUUGCUCUAGAGCCACCAUUGUCUUCACUCUGCCUCAGCCCUAGUGAGCCUGUCGCCCUGAGGUGUCACCAGACUGCAGCACUGAGACUCACCUUCACACCCGACAAUGUGGUCAAGGGGUUGCAGCAGGAGCUAGUUUUGAACUUCAGAGGUGUCAGGAAGGUGAUGUCUCUAGUACAAGCCAGUUCUGUGGGGGUCAGUGUUAAGAUUGACAGAGACUACUUACCCUUCGGCAGUGUUGUCAUCGGAAACUCUCCGACCAGUAAACUGUUGCUCUCCAACAACGGUGACUUGGCUGUCAAGUUUUCUUGGCAAGUUAGUGACUCAGUGUUCUCAAUAUCUCCAAGUGAAGGGUUCCUUGCGGCAGGCACUGAUGUUGUUCUUACUGUCAAGUUUUCACCGCAAAAGAUUCAACUGAUUGAACAUGCCAAGGCGGUUUGCACCCUGACCAGUGGCCAACAGCUGAUCAUCACUCUGUCUGGUGGUUGUGUAGAACUUCCUCCUCCCUCCAUGACCAUCCCUCUGUCCUGUCCUGUGCGAACAACAACGGCAACGCACAUUCCUGUGUUCAACAAAUUCGGCCAAGAGGUCAAGUUGACAGCCAACAUCAGUGGUGAAUGUUUCUCAGGUGACUGUGCUGUGAUGAUCCCUCCCUACGGCACGCAUAUGUUUGAGAUCACCUACUCUCCUUUGACCAUGACCUCCCGAGCUCAACCUCACAAGGGCACUGCCAUAUUCUACUGUGUUGACGGGACCUGUUUAGUCUACAGCCUGGAGGGGACAGCCACAGAACCUGUAAGAUCAGACAGAUUGGUGACUCAGUUGGAAACACACACAGAACACACAUUGCUGGUGCCUGUACACAACUGGUUACAGACCCCUCAGAAGUUCCGUGUAAGCCACGAACUCUUGUCAUCCACACUGAGCCGUCCAACCUUCCAGCUGAUUUAUAACGAGCUGUUCAUGGUGUCAGGCUCUCACACGAGGGAUAUGACACUCAAGUUUGUAUGCCACUUCCCUGGCUCAGUUGUUUUUAAGGUGAUGUUGACUAACGAGUUAUCGGGUGACUACCAGUGGUAUGAAGUCGUGUUUGACAUCACCCCCUGUCCUCCUCUGACACACAUCUGUCUAGACACCCAUGUGAGACAGGAGACGCUACAUGAGGUGAUGUUCUACAACCCCCUGGACCAUCCUGUGACUGUCAGCUGUGAGGUUGAUGUGCCGGGACUGUCAGUCAUCAACACUCCGCUGGAAGUUCAGUCGCUGCAACAGGGGAAGAUGAAGCUGAGAUAUUUCCCUCUGUGGCCAUGUGAUCACUCAACAUUCCCUCUAGAGCUGAGCUGUAGUGAGCUGGGGAGUUACCCUGACACAUUGACAGUCUCUGCCACUCCUGCUGAGCCUGCAGCUCCUGUAUGUGUCAGGUGUAGUCUGGGCCUGUCGGUCACCACUCAGCUAACACUCAACAACCCUACUGACACACAGGCCACCUUCCAGUGCAAGGUGAGGAAACCUCAGGUGUAUGGUAGAGUUGGUACAGUUAUCAGAUAG